CCCCCAGCUCCACAGCCACACCACACCACACUGCCGAGACGCAGGCACUGCAGCAGUGCACUACUACUACUCGUAUCGUACUAGCAAGCUACUGUUACUGGUAGCAGCAGGUACGUACGGUAACCAUGGCGAAGAAGAAAACCACCGUGGUCGCCACGCUUCUGGCUCUGAACCUCCUCUUCUUCGCCUUCGCCAACGGCUGCGGCUGCAGGUGCGGCGCCUGCCCUAGUCCAGGCGGAGGAAGCAGUGGGGGUGGUGGUGGAUCUGGCGGCGGGGGAGGAGGGAGCAGUGGGGGUGGUGGUGGAUCUGGCGGCGGGGGAGGAGGGAGCAGUGGGGGUGGUGGUGGAUCUGGCGGCGGGGGAGGAGGGAGCAGUGGGGGUGGUGGUGGAUCUGGCGGCGGGGGAGGAGGGAGCGGUGGAGGCGGUGGAGGGAGCGGCGGCGGAGGGAGCGGCGGCGGCACAGGCGGCGGCACAGGAAGCGGUCGGUGCCCCAUCGACGUCCUGAAGCUGGGCGUGUGCGCCAACGUGCUGAGCGGGCUGAUCAACGUGACCCUGGGGACGCCGCCGCGGACGCCGUGCUGCACGCUGAUCCAGGGGCUCGCGGACCUGGAGGCGGCGGUGUGCCUCUGCACGGCGCUGCGUGCCAACGUGCUGGGCAUCACCCUCAACCUGCCCAUCAACCUCAGCCUCCUCGUCAACUACUGCGGCAGGCGCGUCCCCUCGGGCUUCCAGUGCGCCUAGCGCCCUAGCCUACCUAGCUAGCUCAUGGAUGGAUCCGAUCUUGCCUGCAGAUCGACAAGCCUAGCUAGCUAGCACCUGAUACUACUCGAUCCUAAUACAUACGUACCAUGCUAUGCAUGCACAUGUGUGUGUGUGUGUUCAAUAAUUCAACAAGCUAUGUAUCUAUCUCAUCAUCAUCUAUAGCUACUGUAAUUUGUGAGUAAGAAUGUGUGUGUGUGUGUGUUCUUUUACUGUAUAAUCCAUUCAUCCAUAUCACAUAGUAUGCAUGUAUGCAGUGUUUAAUUUGUUU